AAGAAGGACCCAAGACCCGAUAUAUUCCUCGACAACUACAAAACCUUCCAGCACAUGGCGAAGUCGCACAAUCUUUCGCUGAUGGCGACUAUAGGUUCCCAUGGUACGUGCCAGGAUGCCAAGGGUCGACUUAAACGAUGUUUGGCCGAAGUUUGUCUCAUGUCGUUUUGGACGAUUUUGUGUGUUACGCUAUGCCUGCAUUGUUGUUUUCCAGUUUUUUGGUACUCGAUCCAAACGUCAGUGGGCUUAAUCUAGUUUUGGUUGACCUUUGGAGGAAGCCUCUCGUUGGAUCCACGCUGUUGUCAGCGCAGAGGUUUCUGGAGUGAUCAUCGCGUACGAAGCCGGUAAUGAGCCGCCCCAUUGGACGAUGGGCUGGGUGAAAAAUUGCAGCCUUCCUGUGCUUUUGAAUGCCUCCCGCAAUCCGGGUGUACGAGUCGGCGUGGGGUAUGCACAUUUCAUGGAGGUGCUGGACACCGCCCACAUGGUCACCAGCCUCAAUUGGCACAGCUACUCUGGUGUCCACAAUGGAGGUGGCUUGGAGCAAGAGAUCAGCAUACUGAAGGGUGUUGCUGCCAAGUUCAACCCACCAAAGCCAUUGAUGCUGACGGAAUGGCAUUCCAGACCAACCCAGCCUUUGGCAGCCGCCUACCCGGUCAUCCGGGACAACCAGGUGGCGGCCUCGUACAUAUGGGCAUUGGUAAUUGUAAAUUCCACCAGCAGGUGGCACCUACCUGUAGCUAAGGGCGACCCUCCAUUUCAAGGAUUAAUUUGGCCGGACGGGACCAUCUUCGAUGACCUCGAGGAGGGCGAGUGCAUGAGGUCCGCAUGCAAGACGCUCAGCUACGUGCACCACUGCUGCAACAGGCACCCUGCCGAGGACACUGGGACCGCCUCUUUGCCUUCAGCGCCGGCUGGCGCACGGUCGACUUUGGCAACCCGGUGUACACGCACCCAGGGGGCCCCCGAGAGGGAUCGAUGAGGCAGACCAGUUCACCCCUCGCCAACGUUACGAUCGGCCCGCUGCCCCGUGGAACCAGGCGUGUGGCGCUCUACCUGCCGACCUCUCCCCUGGGCUCCGGCUACUCGGUGCGGCUCGGCGGGCGCGAGAUCCACCGCGGGACCACGCUUGGGCCUCUUCAGUGGGAGGCCCGUGCGGUGCUCAGGAUCGAUCCCUGCCGGCGAAGAGGGCAGUCUCGUGCUGACUGUGGAGGCGGCCGGGCACGCCUCGGUGAUGUUCAACCUCACCGGGUGCACGUUCUUCUCCACCGCGGGCGCGGAGCCUCGGGGUGCAGAGCCUGCGCGGCUGCUGGUGUAGGCCGGCAGGGAGGCGCGAGCCCGAGGAUACAGACGGAUGAGGAAGCAGCACCGCGUGGCAGACGCAUUUGGGCCUCAUCCUCGCGUCUCACGAGCUCUCUCCCCCAGUUCCACGUCUAAACCCCUCCCUCCUUGCUGAAACACGAAGGGGAGAGCUCUGGAAACGCGCAUCUGCUCACGUAGUGGUUCGUUAUGUUGCCGGCUGGCCGGCGGCCCGUUGGGACUGCAAAGCCAGUUCCAGCUGGCCAGACGGAAAUGGUGGGCGACUUGCCUGCCGACCCCGACCGGAGGAAGGGGAACGUUAUGAGGAAGAUGCCAGAGGCCUCGCGCGGGGCGCCAUACAGUGGGGGCGCGUGCCAAGAAACCAGAUGUUCCUCCCCAAGGGUGUGUGGCGGCCGUUUAGAGCCGCGGCCCGCGGCCCCCCCGGAGAGCGCGGGCCGCGGAGAGCGCCCUCUCCUCGCGGCGUGUGGCGGGCGCCCCCUCCCGCCGUGGCUUGAAAAC